GGGGAAAAUUUUCGGUGACGACUGUCAGUAGCUGUCAGGCUUCGAAGAUUCUUUGUAUCCAAAUUUCACGCAAAAGAUUUUCCUGAGCUUCCUGCCCAGUUUCCAGAAGUCACUAGCCGGUCUUUGGUGCAUUAGGCAAGAGUAUUGCAUGUCAGGGCUGUGAUUGUGCGCGAGUAGGGGAAGUGUCAAGUAAAAUUGUUUGAGAUAUCGCCAAGCUUUUGGCGACACUUUGUGUGCGUCCAUUGUGGAUUUUUUCGAGGCCCCUGAAGAAAGAGUUUGAGGAAGAGACGAGAAGACAUUUCGGCAUUUGAUCACUUCCGCAUCGGCCUGUCCGUAGUUUAUAGGAUUGAAUUUGGCGAGAUGCUUCUCUCUUGCAAGUGCCUCAAUAUCAUCAUCAGCAUCGCAGAUGCCGCUCAAGUGCUGGACACCCAGCAAAUUGGGGACUCCAAAGCGGCCGCUGAAAAUUUCCUGCAGACCGAGGGCAAGAGUGACUUUAUCAUCUUCUUCAAAGAGGCUCUGGGCCCCUUUCAUGUGCAGCAGGUUUUGCUGAAGAAGGAACAGCCUGAUUUAGUGCAUGUCGUCAGUUUGGGCGACUGGUCAAUACAUCAGUGUAUUCACUGCAUGGAUUUGUCAGUCUUUGCGACUUUUGAGAAGGAGGGAGCUGUUCUUGUUAACAGCAAAUUAAUGACAAAUCAGGAGGAGAUUAAUUUACUGAAAGGAAGUAAUAGUUAUUCAACAGUUUUUCGUAUCCUCAUGGAUCAACAAUUUCCCGAAGAGGAAAUCUUUAGGGUUAACAAACUCGUUCAAAUGCAUCCAAAAGUGAAGAAUCUGACGCAGCAGUGUCAGCAGCAGCUUCAGCGUGAGGCAGCAGCCACAGAUGAACGUAUUCAGCGUUUUACAGAGCAUCAAUUUACGCUCCUGAAGAUGUUCCGGGAGCGAACAGAGCAGGAAUUGCAGAUUCUGGUGAGUCUGGUGUGUAGGCUGCCGGAGAGCCUCACCCUGCUAACAGACACACAGACCAGGCAGCAGCAGCAGCAGCAGCAGAUGAGCAGCAACCUGGAGACGCCGCCGUCGACGCCAGACACUCCGAUGACGAUUGGCUCAAGUCCACCGAUGGCUGUGAGAGUGUCCCAGGCGCCGGCGAUGUCGACGUCCUCCUCAGGCGCCAGCUCCCCUAUGCCCUUUAGGGCAACCCGCCGCCACUCGGGGAAACGCUCCGGUGACGCCACGCGUCGUCACGCGGACGCCGACUCGGAGUGUUUCUUCCAGUUGGAGGGCAUGGAAAAUGACCCGGCCCCAAUGGGACCUCAAGACAUGUCUGAUCUCGAUGAAUCUGAUUCAGAAAACUUUGGGGAUGAUGAGCAGCAGGCGAUGUGCAUUCCACGACAAAUGGCGCGUCAGGGAAGCGUCAGCAUGGCAAAGAGUCUGCCAAUCUCCAUGCCCGCCGUAAUGGAUCGAUCCAUUGAGGAUGACUUUGACGAUCAGCCCGUGGAUGAGAAGCUGGACAUUGCGGCGAGCAUCAAGGCGCUGGCAAAGAGUGUCCAUGGUGAUGCAGUCUUUGGAGACCUUCCUCGACCUCGCUUCAGUACUCAGAUAUAAAAGUCAGACAGGUGAGACCUCUUCGUGAUUUAUUGUGCCCAAGAGAGAGAGGCACACCGUGUCGAAGCAUCGAGCACCGAAAAUGAUUUGUUUACAAGUUGAAAGUUUUUUUUUUCAUUUAUCUCUUUUUUCAUAUUCUUUUUAUUUUCUACUAAAAAAAAAAAACAAAAUGCUAAUAUGAUAUAGAAAUAUUAUUGAUAUCUCUUAUUGAUAAAUUCAAGAAAUAUGAUUUAUUUUUAGGAACUUGUAAUGUUUUUUCUCUGUUGUUUUUUUUUUUUAAUAUGAAACGUGAUCGAUAGUUUUCUUUUUCAAAUGUCAAAUGGAAAAAAAUAAUGAUCUUUUGGCAACUAAAAGAGAUUCAAGUGAGAGAUAAAAAACGGAGUUUUUUUUUUAAAUGUAAGCAAAAAGAAACUACUUGGUACCUUUAAUAAUUACAAAUUUUAUUACGAUGCUAAGAUAAUUUUUAGAUUUUUUUUUCAAAGGUCUCUUUUUUUUUCAAAGUGAAAUAUUAAAUGAUUGUGAGAUUAUUGCUAUAUAUAAUAAUCGCUCCUCCAGUAAGAAUUUGUUGCUAGUUAUUAACAAAUUAUGAAGAUAACAAUGAAAAUGAACAAUUUUCUAAUUCUGAAUUUAUUAUAUGUUUAAAAAAAAGAAAAAGAAAUUCUUCCUUGAACUUUUUGCAAGAACAAAAUCAAUAGGUUUUAUUGUGAAACAAUCAAGAAAAUAUUUUCUAAAAAACAAAACAAUGUCAAUUGAUUUUUCCUUUUGAAAAGUCUUACAAUUUAAAAAAAAAAUAGCAAGAAAGGAAAAAGAAAGGUAAAUUACAAAGAAAAAAAAUCAUCCAUUAGUGCCAUAAUUUUUACACGACAAAAAAUUUAACAUUUUGUUUUUAAAGCAAAAAAAAAAAAACAUUUUAACGGAGAUAACAAAUGAUGGUAUGGCAUUAUUUUUUAUCUUUUUAACCAUCCCCUGCCCCAAAUGGAAGAAUUGCGGCUUUACUAUGAUUUUAUACAAAAAAAAGUGAAAUAAAUACUAAAAUAAUGAAAUCAUUGUGAAGGAAGCAUUGCAUUGAUGUAAUAAGAAUAUUAUCGAAUAAAGAAUCUUUACACAA